GUCACUAAGACCAGAGACUCAGCAAUAAAAAGUACGCUAUAGUGCUCCGUCCAUCGGUUACGUAUAUCAUUCUAGUCAGCAUAAGAAAUACGUUCAAAGUUCUUAGAAGUAUCCAAGUCUGGUUGUCCAACCAUGCGGGCUACCAAGCACGCACGCCGACUCUCGAUAAAAAUGUUUUGGAAAAAAUAACUCUUCAAGUCGGACGCAGUGCUUUUUUUGUGAGGACCAAAAUAUUACUUUUCUUGUAUUUUAUCUUAUCUGAUAAUACAGACGUUACUUUAACGUUUAUUAUUAAUUUAUUAGUAGUUAAAAGUUAGGCAAUCCAUCACUUACCGGGACCUAUUUCUUAACAAAAAAAAACCCACUGACCCCACGUAACUUUCGCGGGAACAGAGAGCGCUGCUCAGCCAAAAAAAAAAGGGGGGGGGGAGGGGAAAAACAAUAUUCUCUGUAUAUAUAAUUCUCUACGUCGCCAACCAAUGCGGGACAGCCGACUCUAUAACCCUGCUCGUUUGCCCAAACCCACCCCAUUCGGACAACUGUCUUUCGGGAAGUGUUCAACUGUCACUGAAUGGUAGCCCGGCUGGUAUAGAAAAAAGUCUUUAAAAUAACUGAACAAUAAUUACAUCUUGAUUUUGGUUGAUAUACAAUGUUUAUAAAUGAUGUCGCCAACCUUAUCAUUCACUAUUAAUAGAACAUUGAACUAAAGAUUAUCAAAUUUGAGUAUACUACUCAAGAGCCAUAACUCAAUUUUUCUCCCAACCAUUUGCGAAAUCUCGAUUGUCUGCCUUAUAAUCCACUUUCUAAGCAAACGUAGAGUCCUUGUUUCAUCUUCCUUACAUAGAGCCAACUACUGUUGUAGGACCGGUAGAUAUAUAAUACACUAGCUGAUUAGAUAAGGCUAUCAUUGUCCAAAUAUAAAUAAACUGCCUUGUCAUGAAGAAGUCUAUAAUUAAUCGUGGUUUGUACAUAGAAGAUUCAUUGUUUUUUCUCUUAUGCCAAACAUUAUAUAAACAGUCCAAUGAUUAAACUCAUUUUCGUAUCACUGACUUUGAUUUGUCACUAUGUGACAGCUGCAGCAGUUGAAGACAGAGAUGUUGCUUCUUGUCUUGCCUUCAAUUGGUGUCACGGUGAUCUUGCUUGUCGUGAAUAUUGUAUGUCGCAGAACUGGAUAAUCAAGAGAGAUAUAGCUUCAUGCUUGGCUUCAUGUCCAGCUGGUGACCAUCUAUGUCAUGACCGAUGUAUGGCUCCAAUAGGCAAGAGAGAUAUAGCUUCAUGCUUGGCUUCAUGUCCAGCUGGUGACCAUCUAUGUCAUGACCGAUGUAUGGCUCCAAUAGGAAAGAGAGAUAUAGCUUCAUGCUUGGCUUCAUGUCCAGCUGGUGACCAUCUAUGUCAUGACCGAUGUAUGGCUCCAAUAGGCAAGAGAGAUAUAGCUUCAUGCUUGGCUUCAUGUCCAGCUGGUGACCAUCUAUGUCAUGACCGAUGUAUGGCUCCAAUAGGAAAGAGAGAUAUAGCUUCAUGCUUGGCUUCAUGUCCAGCUGGUGACCAUCUAUGCCAUGACCGAUGUAUGGCUCCAAUAGGCAAGAGAGAUAUAGCUUCAUGCUUGGCUUCAUGUCCAGCUGGUGACCAUCUAUGUCAUGACCGAUGUAUGGCUCCAAUAAGCAAGAGAGAUAUAGCUUCAUGCUUGGCUUCAUGUCCAGUUGGUGACCAUCUAUGCCAUGACCGAUGUAUGAAUCAAAUAGAUCUGAGGGAAGUCUUGACAUACAAGGACUGUCUUGAGUUUUGUGGUGAUGACAUUCCCUGUGAAAUGGCCUGCAGUCUUCACUAUCCAAGUUAAAAAACACCGCAGUCAAUGAGUUACAUUUGAUGUCUUAAAAUGCAUUGACACGACCUUCUCGAGAAACGGGAUGAUUGGAAUAAAAGAUGUAAAUAAACUAAUAACAAGCCAU